AUGAAAUUUUUUUCCCACACUUCGCAGCUCCUUUUUUCCAUUUUCUGGCUUGCUAUACUUGUUCUCAGCAUCGAGCCAGGAGAUCUUGGAGUCAAAUGGAAUGUCGAUCUUGCCACUGGACCUACGGACCGUCCACGACGCUGGCAUGUGUGGACCGCAAUUCUUGAGUUUGACGACCUUGUAUCGAAAUUAUUCACGAAUGGGGAAAUAGCUGGGAUAGCUAGAAUGGGCUAUAAAGCCAUGGAAAACAACUAUGCCACCAAGCCAUGGAACGAUCCUAACUUGCCAGCCAAAGUCGACGGGCCAAACAACGUACCAGUAAUGGUGGCCGUAAUAACUUUUGGAAAACGGGUGUACAUAGCGUCACCCAUCAAAGGGAAAAAUCCCCGGGAACCGCUUUAUAAUCAUCUCGACAAAGUGCUUAGAGAGACUCUGCUGGAAUGUCAAUUCGACCUGAAUGCUGAGGGGGAUCAUGAGAAUAUAGGCGCUUGCGGCGAACUCAUGGCUGCACAUAUAGCAAUCCAAUCCGGAAUAGACGCCGACUUGAAAGCAAACGAGGACGGGCAUCGAGGUAUACUGAUUGGUGGAAAGGUAGUAUCGUAUGGCCUACGUGGGGCCGCGAAUGCACGGACCGAAGGCAUCAAAAAGCCUUGUGGAGCUUUGGGACCCGGCAAUGUGCCUAACCCAAAAAAGUGGGGCUGUAACAAAUUCAUAACAUACUCGGGACUUGAAGAGAUAGCACCGGACACAGAGGUGGUGGACAAAGUGCCAUUUCCGGACUUCAAACAAGUGCCUAAUAUUUCACGUCUCUCUCGUUGCAGCAAGCGACUCCGAGGAUUCGCCCUUCCUGAUCUCUACAAGAAUCUGGAAUGGCAACUUGAUGUUGUGCAUGAUUCUCAUCACCCACAUUGGCUUCAACCUGAUCUGCUAAUAAGGACUCUUGUUGAGAAACCUGAACUAGGCAAUCAUGUCGAACAUCUUCAGUUCUGGGGCAGAUUUCGCGCGCAACGAAUCAACAUCCCGCCUAGGCUCACAACAGAGGAGCUGGAGAAAGCUAAUGACCAUAUCUCACGCGCUUUUCCAAGUGCCAUCGAUGUAUGGACUCUGGCUCUGAGACGUGGCUUGAUGCCGGGCUACGCAUGCAUUAUACUGGCAUUCUCAACGCGAGUCAAAUCGCUCAAAUUGGGAUAUGAAUUUUUCGCUAACGGCUCCUACCUUGAAACCCUUUUCAAGAAUGCUCGAAGGCAUACAUCGAACGGAGAAAUCUAUGAAGUUCCACCCCGAUUCGAGCACUUGCGAAGCGUCAGUCUUGGCGCUACUAAGCCCGCCGAAGUAGUUCCCUAUGAGAACGCUUGUUCAUACCACGAUAUCAUUUCAGCUUCCAAUCUACCGUGUUUACAACAUCUUAGCAUUCAGCUAGAAUGGACAACGGAUAUCAGCAGACUUCAACAUCCGCACCUGAGUUGCCUGACAUCAUUGAAACUGCUGUACUCUGGGCUCACACCUGAGUUUCUGCCAGCACUUCUGUCAUCGAAGCCGCCGCUUAAGGAGCUCAUUUACCAUUUUAAUGCCUCUGACGACUAUUAUGAUGAAUUCUUUGACCUGUAA